AGGCGCUCCCCUGGGCGGUGCCCACAGCCACCCCCGCGGGGGGGGGCCUCCACCUGGGGGGACAGCAGAGCUGGUGCGACCCUCUCCCCACCACACACACAGCUGACGCUGGAGCAGCCGCGGGGAGAGUCCAUGAUGACCUGUGAGCAGGCCCAGCUUCUGGCCAACCUGGCGCGGCUCAUUAAGGCCAAGAAGGCGCUGGACCUGGGCACGUUCACAGGCUACUCGGCCCUAGCACUGGCCCUAGCCCUGCCCCCGGCCGGGCGCGUGGUGGUGAACCCGGGGCCCCCGGAGCUGGGGCGGCCCCUAUGGCGGAAGGCUGAAGAGGAACACAAGAUUGACCUUCGGUUGAAGCCCGCCCUGGAAACCCUGGAUGAGCUCCUGGACGCGGGCGAAGCUGGCACCUUCGACGUAGCCGUGGUGGACGCCGACAAGGAGAACUGCACCCUCUACUACGAGCGGUGCCUGCAGCUGCUGCGCCCCGGAGGCAUCCUCGCUGUCGUCAGUGUCCUGUGGCGGGGGCAAGUGUUGCAACCCCAACCGCAAGACUUGGAAACGCAGUGCGUCCGAAACCUGAACGAGCGCAUCCUGCGCGACGCCCGGGUGCACAUCAGCCUCCUGCCCCUGGGCGACGGCCUCACCUUAGCCUUCAAAAUCUAAGGCUGCCCCUAGCCACGGCCUCGAUGGAGGGGACCUGGGAAUCCCAGCCAUCGACCCCGUUUUAAAUCUGUCAAUAAAGUGGGUCCUAGACACAA